AUGAGCGGCGCACCUUUUGAAACGCCACCACCUUUCACGAACUGGGGGCUCGUGCUUGACGGCGAUGUGCAACAAGAUGCCGUCAGCCGCGGUGGCUACUGCACAACACAGCAAUUUCACGCUCGACAAACUCCACGACUGUCUGCCCGAGCCGGAUCCGGUGCGUCUACCGCCGCAACAGUGGCCAUCCGUCAGGCAAACAGCAGCAACAGUGGCCACCCCAACCCUGGCAGUGCCGCAGCUCUGGACGACUGGGAGCGCUCUGCGGUGGACCUGUACAGGGAGAUCCGCCGCCACCGAAGCGAAGGACCGCAGCAGACACGCAACGGCGCCAAGCUGCGUGACAGCACGCAGGUGAGGCGCCGUCUUGAUACCUCGGAGUGCUCCUCGCCGUCUCCGUGCGCUGCGUUGAUGGUGACGGCAUUUCCCCAGCUGCUUGGCGGGCCGUUUGCGGCUCCAGGACCGGCGCCGGCAAACCUGGCAUGUGACAGCACGGCAGGCACACCCCAGUUGCCUUCAUCCUCUCCAUUGCUACUGCAGUAUUUUCUCUCCAUUGGGUAUCCGCUGCGCCCCCCUUACAAUACGGAGGCGGCCGCCGCUUCGCAUUCCGCCGCGCUUGUCGCCGUCGCCCAGGAGACGGUCGCGUGGUUCGAGGACAGCGGCGUGGCGGUGGAGAACACGGCGCCGAGGAAGACUGCCGCGCCGUUGCACCGCUUCGGCGUCCGCCUCCUCCCUGAUGUCGUACAACAGAUAGUCGCAGCGCACCAGAUGACGCCGGCGACCGCGGCGGCGUGGCUGCUGCGCGUGUAUGUCGGUCUUCUGGCGCCGUGGGAGGCAAAGGAGGACAGCAUCCAGGGUGCAAUAACGGCGGACUACGGCUUUGAGAACGGCCCACUCGAUCCCGGGAUGCCGCCCGCGUUCUGCAUGGAAGGUGUCUGGCGCUGGGCCAAUGCCAUGUGCACGGCGGUGUACCAUCUACAGACUAGCACCCGUGCCGCGAGAGAGACGAGCCUCCACGAAAGUGAGAAGCGAUCAUCCGAUGCUCUGAGUAGCAGCGGACGUGAGAAAACUGUACUUCCGCAAGGAAUGCAGUCGCUUGCAAGCGAGCAUCGCACCGACGGCGUUGGAUGGAGGCUCUUCGCCCUCACUGUCCUUCAGAAAACCACCACGCUUAUUCUGCGCGGCUGCUUCACCACGGCAACGGUCGACGCAACGAAUGCAUCACAAGACCCCAUCAGCGCUGAAGCACAGGAGCAGAGGGUCGCUCGAGGUGGACUGAAACAAGACACCGUGGGUGCGCAGUCAUCGUCGCCACUGGAAUCAGAAACCAUAAUGCCACCAGUGCCUACCACCCGUGUUGCUGUUGAAGGAUUGGCGUGUUUCGCGCUCCUUGUGCGACUUCACGAGCGAUUCCCCAAACACGGGAAGAUGCGGCAUGAUGCCGGAGGUGUGCAUGCUCGCGCCGCUGCCACCCACGUCGCGGACGCGACGCAGGCUAUGGUUGAGAAACACUGGGAGAGGCACGCACAGCUGGCGGUGCAGCAGCUGCCACACCUUCCUCCACACUACCAUCAUCUUGUGCACAUGAUGGACUUUGUGCUCACCGCCUGA